CCCCGGCCCCCGGCGCCCGGCCCCCGCAGCUCCCUCUGGCAGGACCUGCCGGCCGUGCGGGCCAGCGGCCUGCUCCGGCGCAUCAGCCCCCAGGAGCGCAAGAUGCAGGAGAGCCUGUUCGAGGUGCUGACGUCGGAGGCCUCGUACCAGCGCUCGCUGCGCCUGCUGGCCGAGCACUUCGUGGAGUCGCGGGAGCUGGGCCAGACGCUGCUGCCCCGCGAGCGCCAGGCCCUGUUCUCCAGCAUCCUGCGGGUCCGGGAGAUCAGCGCCAGGUUCCUGGAGGCGCUGGAGCGGCGCGUGGCCGAGAACCUGCAGAUCCGCGACCUGAGCGACGUGGUGGCCGCCCACGCGCGGCGCGACUUCCCCGCCUACGUGGAUUACGUGCGCAACCAGCCCUACCAGGAGCGGGAGUACAGCGCCCUCAUGGAGCGAAACGGCCCCUUUGCGGCGGUGCUGAGCCGGCUGCAGGCGCAUCCCGUGUGCCAGCGCCUGCCCCUCCUGUCCUUCCUGCUGCUGCCCUUCCAGCGCAUCACCCGCCUCAGGAUGCUGCUGCAGAACAUCCUGCGCCGGGCGGAGGAGGGCUCGGAGCGGGAGCGAAACGCGCUGGACGCCCUGGCCUGUGUCUCCCAGAUCAUCGAGGAGUGUAACUCGGAGGUGGGGCGCAUGCGGGAGACGGAGGAGCUGAUCGAGAUCGCCGGGCGCAUCGACUUCGACCGGCUCAAGGUGCCCCCCCGCCCGUCGGGCCUCCUGCCCCCCAACCCCUGCCCCCCGUGGCUCUGCCGGGGGGAGUCUGGGGGCCUGGCAUGGCCCUGGCGGUGCCCAUCGUCUCGCAGCGCCGGCGGCUGGAGAAGCAGGGGCUCUGGCCGAGGUGCUGCCCCGGGGUCCCUGUUCGGCACCAGGCCCCGGACGGUUCCCAUCCACCUCUUCCUCUUCAGCGACCUGCUGCUCAUCACCCAGCGCAAGAGCGCGGGCGCCGUGGUGCUGGACUACGGGCACCGGUCGCUGGUGUCGGUGCAGGGGUGGGGCAGCCCCGGCCCCGGCCUGGGCCAGGCCUUUUACCUCACCCUGCUGGAGAACCACCGGGGCCAGGCCUGCGGCGCCUCUGCCGGGCCCCAGCCAGUGAGUGGGGCCCGGGGCCGGGGGUCGGACAUGCACCGAUGGAUGGAGGCUUUUCCCCAGCCCGGCGCCCCCCCCAGCCAGCCCCAGGAGACCGUCUACGAGGACUGGGACUGCCCCCAGGCGCACUGCGUGGAGCCCUACGUGGCCAGACAGGCCGACGAGCUGAGCCUGGAGCCGGCCGACGUGGUGAACGUGCUGCGCAAGACGAGCGAGGGCUGGUGCCAGGGCCUGCGACUGGCCGACGGGCGCAAGGGCUGGUUCCCGGCCGCCCACGUGCGGGAGAUCACCAGCGAGCACGUCCGCCGGCGCAACCUGCACGAGAGGCACCGGCUGCUCCAGGCCGCCCGGCAGCUGCAGCUCAGCCGCCUCGCCACCGCCAGGGCCGGCUCCGCCUGA